CCGAAUAGCAUGGGCAGGCCAACCAAACGUGAUCAUAGUGUUUUAAAAAUAUUUUAUCUUAGUGUCCGUGUCCAUGUUCCUGUAUGUGUCCGUGUUUGUGUUUCUAAUGAAUUACGACUUUUAAUGCAGAAACAUUUUAAUGAUUGAAUGUACCACUGCUUUAGCAAUGACGUUUGUAACAUCGAAACGCAGGCACAGAGUGUAAUUAGAUAUUAUUCACUGUGAUAUUUUUAACUCGGUCAUUCAGGAGAUGUUGGAACUAUUCGAUUACCAUCUUUCAGUUACCAAGGAUACCAAUGGAUCCAGUGCUGAUUCGAAAGACAAUCCAGUGCUCCAAGCAAUUCCCAUGUUAAGAUCUUCAUUUCCAGAUCUUGUUAUUGCAUGUGAUGUGUGCCUGUGUUCCUAUACAAAUCAUGGCCACUGUGGUAUCUUGAGAGACAACGGUAGUAUCCACAACGAACUGAGCAUCAAGAGGCUUGCAGAAGUCGCUGUAGCUUAUGCUAAAGCAGGUUGCCACAUAGUUGCACCCUCGGACAUGAUGGAUGGGAGGGUGUUGGCCAUCAAGGAUGCUCUGCGUGAAGCUCAGAUGUGCUCAUCAGUCUCUCUGCUCUCUUAUGCUGUGAAGUUUGCCUCAGCGUUCUAUGGACCGUUCCGUGAGGCAUCAAAGUCGUCCCCUGCAUUUGGCAACAGGAAAGCUUACCAGCUACCUCCUGGCAGUUCAGGCCUAGCAGCUAGAGCAGCGUCAAGGGAUGUGGACGAGGGGUGUGACUUGCUCAUGGUGAAACCUGGUAUCGCAUACCUGGACAUCCUCCGCCAGACCAAGCAAGCCUACCCGAAUAUACCUCUGUUUGUAUAUCAGGUAUCUGGUGAGUACGCCAUGCUGUAUCAUGCAGCCAAAGCAGGUAGUUUCAGUUUGGAGGACGGCGUGGCUGAAACAUUAACGGCUUUUCGUAGGGCAGGAGCUGACUGUAUCAUAACAUACUUUGCUCCAUUAAUCUUGGAUAUGUUGGCAGAAGGCAAGUUAUAGGUUAGUUUGUUUUGCACUUAUUAUAUUGUUAAUGUAAUAAAUCAGGAAACUGUUUUUAUACCUA